UGCAGAAGAAGCGUGUGUUUACACUGGUGCUGGAUCAUCGCUUAGCUAGUGCUAAUUAUUAAAAACUGUUUAAAAUCGAACAUCAUUUAUGAACAUGGCAAAUCCUGCUUGGCAUUUAUCCCUGAAGCUGCGCAACAUGCCGAAGUCAGUGCUGCCUUUUCCAGAGGAUGUUGAACCUGGAAGCUACAUAGUGGCCACCAUAAAGGAGCUGGUCUCAGCUCAGCUACCAGAUUCACUGCCAGAUCCAGAGCUCAUAGAUUUAGUUCACUGCGGGUGUAAACUGAAAGACGACCUGACGUUGGAUUCCUAUGGGAUCAGGUCUGGAUCUACGUUACACAUCUUAAAGAAAGUCUGGCCAGAACCUGAGGUCAAACCAGAGCCAGUGAACAAAAGUGCUGCUGCUCGAGAGUUCAGACUACUUCAGGCUGCUAUGCACUCCAAUGCUGCCUACAGAGACACAGUAUUUAAGCUGCUAAGCAAUAAAGAAUCUUUGGAUCAGAUCAUAGUUGCCUCACCUGGACUCAGAUCAGACCCUGUAGCACUGGGUGUACUUCAAGACAAGGAUCUAUUUGUGCAGUUCACAGACCCCAAUCUGCUUGACGUCUUGAUCCAGUCUCAUCCAUCGUUGGUGAAUGCCAUCAUCCUGAUCCUUCACUCUGUGACGAGUGCCUUGCCAGGCCAAUCCAAUGCCAGCACUUCCCGUAAUGUAUCUGAAAUGCCAGGAGGAUUUAUGUUUGAAGGCAUGUCUGAUGAUGAUGACGAUUUCCAAUCUGAAAAUCGUGCAGGAUCAUUGAGGCCGAGGCCGAUGAAUCUGAGCAGCGGUGGAGCUACAGGGCCUCGGCCCAUCACUCAGAGCGAGCUAGCUACAGCCCUAGCACUGGCUAACACUCCAGACAGCAGUGCAGUUACACCCAGCCAAGACAUGUCCUCUGGCAGCUCUUCUGUGGCAGCUGGGACUCCCGUCUCUAGCACUGUGUUCAGUCGGGCGCUGCAGCAGGCUCUACAGGCCACCGGUGUCAGCUCUCUGCAGGGUCGCUGGCAGACACAGAUGCAGCAGCUGAGAGAUAUGGGCAUCAGGGAUGAGGAGCUGGCAUUACGGGCUCUCCAGGCUACAGACGGAGAUCUGCAGGCAGCACUGGAGCUUAUCUUUGCUGGAGGACUUUGAACAAAAUGAGGAACUUUUAUUAAAUAUUGCUUUUUUUGUAAUAGGCGAACAUUAAACAUUAUUUGUUGGAUUAUUAAAACAUAAAAAUGAAUAAA